AUCAUCAGCCAGGGCCUUAGAACCUAGGGGCUGUUGUCCUCAACCUGGAGAUCCGUAGAAGGAAGCCGCACCCCACCCAAUCACACCUAACAGGCCGUCCUUCCUCUUCCUUCCACCCCGCCUCCCUGAUUCAAAAGCAGCCAAGCCAAAAGGGGCCUGCAGACAGCCCUGUGCUCAUCUCCAAAAGCUGCUACCAAGAUCCUUGCAAAAUGAAGGGCUUCCUCUUCCUCCUAUUCACCAUCAGCCUCCUGGUUAUGAUUCAGAUACAAACUGGAGUGUUGGGCAACAGGACCACACCCCCCACCACCACCACCACUAACCCUCCCCUCGGCAACAGGAGAACUAAGAGUGCAGCCCCAGCGCUCAGCAGCCUGGGCAGCGGCAGUGUCCUUCUCUUCUUGACCAACACCCUCAUCCAGCUCUUCCACCUCAGCUGAGGUGACAUGCCUCAGCCUGAGCCCUGUGUCCCCUGAGAUGGCUGCCACCAUCACUAGCAAGAGAAGCCCCUUCCCAUCAAUCCUUGGCAGGGGUUGAUGCCAGAGAUCACCAGUUGUGGGAAUGGACAGAUAGUGCCUUGGGGACAAUGGCCAACAGAGGGAGCUGUUGAUGUGGAGGGGCUAGCAUCACCCACUGGGAGUCAAUAAAGUUGUCCUGUACUUGGA